CACAAGCGCGCGCGUUACCUCCUCAGCCUAAGUGGCUCUGCUGCGGAACCCCUAAAUCUUUCACUGAUCUUUUGAUUUUGAAUGUAUUUCCGUCCUGGGAGAUCUAAUCAGCCCUGAGCGUCUUCGAGACUGCGAUGCCCGGCCAGUGAGUAGUUUGCGCGUCGGCUCUUCUUCGUGCGCGGUGCAGCAUGGCUCCGUGCCGCAGGGGCCGCGGCGGGCGGGAGAUUGUGGUCUUUCUGUCCGGAUGCCUGCUCCUAUCCGCCGCUGCUGCGAAGGUGUGCAACGACUACACGCGGCACAGUGCGGACACCGCCUGGUCCUCCAAGGACGUGCCCAUCAUGGUGCUGAUGCCAAUGAACGAGUCGGCGCUGAUGAGCGGCAUCAGCCAAGGCAUCGAGCCCGCCGUGCAGCUCGCCAUCCGGCACAUCCGCGAGUCAAAGCAGUACUCCUUUUCACUCAUCACCAAAAUCUACGACACCGAGUGUGACAAUGCAAAGGGAUUAAGGGCCUUCUUCGACGCAAUCUGCUAUGGUCCCAAACAUUUAAUGAUCUUCGGAGGUGUGUGUCCAUCAGUGACGUCUAUUAUUGCGGAAUCGUUAGAGGGGUGGAACCUGGUGCAGCUUUCUUUUGCCGCAACGACGCCAGUCUUGGCAGAUAAGAAGAAGUACCCUAACUUUUUCAGGACAGUACCUUCAGACAAUGCAGUCAAUCCAGCUGUUGUGAAGUUCCUCAACUUCUAUAACUGGAGCAGAGUGGGCACCUUGACUCAAGAUGUCCAGAGGUUCUCAGAGGUGCGCAACGAUUUGACCAACGAGCUUGAGAAGGCAGAUAUCCAGAUAGCAGACACUGAGAGUUUUUCUAAUGACCCCUGUAUUAAUGUGAAUAAACUGAAGGACAAUGAUGUGAGGAUUAUCAUUGGUCAAUUUGAUGAGAACCUGGCCUCUAAAGUCUUCUGUUGUGCUUAUAACCUGAACAUGUAUGGCAGUAAGUAUCAGUGGAUCAUUCCCGGAUGGUAUCAAGGCAAUUGGUGGGAGCAGGCAAACUCUACCAACUGCACCACCAAAAAACUACUUACUGCUAUGGAGGGCUACAUAAGUGUGGACUUUGAACCUCUCAGUGCCAAACGGAUUAAAGGAAUCUCUGGAAGGACACCCCAAGAGUACGAGCGGGACUACACCAGAGAGCGAGAGCAAAAAGGAGUUGAGGCCAGCAAAUUUCACGGUUUUGCCUAUGAUGGAAUCUGGGUGAUUGCGAAGACACUAAGUCGUGUAAUGGAGCUUCUCCGUCAGAAGCAGACGCAUGACAUUUACCAUAACAUGACUAUGGAUGACCGGGAGGUGGGAAAGUUAGUGCUGGAUGUGAUGAACGAAACCAACUUCUUCGGAGUAACGGGUCAGGUGAUGUUCAGGAAUGGAGAGCGCAUGGGAACUAUCAAAUUCACACAGUUUCAAGAGGGCCAGGAAGUAAAGGUUGGGGAGUACAAUGCCAUCGCUGACAUCCUGGACCUUAUCAACAACACCAUCAGGUUUCAAGGUGUGGAGCCUCCCAAAGACCGGACAUUUGUGCGUCUGGAGCGACGGCAUAUAAACGUACCACUUUACAGCAUCCUGUCCACCAUCACUAUCCUGGGCAUGCUCAUGGCAGGCGCCUUCCUCUUCUUCAACAUCAAAAACCGAAACCACAGGCUAAUCAAAAUGUCCAGUCCUUACAUGAACAACCUGAUCAUCCUGGGAGGCAUGCUGUCCUACGCGUCCAUCUUCCUCUUUGGCCUGGACGGCUCUUUUGUCUCAGACCAAGCUUUCGAGACCUUGUGCACUGUUCGCACAUGGAUCCUAAUCGUGGGUUACACAACAGCGUUUGGAGCCAUGUUUGCGAAGACCUGGAGAGUACAUGCGAUUUUCAAGAAUGUAAAAAUGAAGAAGAAGAUUAUCAAGGACCAGAAGCUGCUGAUCAUUGUAGGUGGAAUGCUCCUAAUUGAUCUGUGCAUUCUCAUAUGCUGGCAGAUUGUGGAUCCCCUAAAGAGGACAGUGGAAAUGUACAGCUUGGAGGCGGACCCUCAGGGGCGAGACAUAGCUAUCCGGCCCUUCCUGGAGCACUGUGAGAACACACAUAUGACCAUUUGGCUUGGGAUUGUCUAUGCCUACAAAGGCCUCCUUAUGUUGUUUGGUUGUUUCCUGGCCUGGGAGACGAGGAACGUCAGCAUCCCUGCUCUGAAUGACAGCAAGUACAUUGGGAUGAGUGUGUACAAUGUGGGAAUCAUGUGCAUCAUCGGUGCAGCUGUGUCCUUCCUGACGCGGGAUCAGCCUAAUGUGCAGUUCUGCAUCGUAGCCCUGGUCAUUAUUUUCUGCAGCACAAUCACCCUCUGUUUGGUGUUUGUGCCAAAGCUUAUUACAAUGAGGACAAACCCAGAUGCAGCCACACAGAACCGGCGGCUGAAGUUCACCCAGAACCAGAAAAAGGAAGACUCAAAGACAUCCACGUCUGUGACCAGCGUUAACCAGACCAACACGUCUCGCCUGGACGGCCUGCAAGCAGACAACCACCGCCUCCGGAUGAGGAUCACAGAGUUGGAUAAAGAGUUAGAGGAAGUGACCAUGCAGCUUCAGGACACGCCAGAGAAAACCCCGUAUAUCAAACAGAACCACUACCAGGACGUCAACAACAUCCUCAGCAUUAGCAACUUCACAGACGGAAAAGAUGGUGAAAAAACUGUUUUGAAAAAUCAUCUGGAGCAGAAACCACAAGCACUGAGGGGAUCCAUGGAUCCUUCUAGAAUAAGCAGAGGCCCGCUAGAGGACAUCAACUCGCCAGAACACAUACAACGCAGGCUGUCAUUGCAGCUGCCCAUCCUGCACCACGCCUACUUACCCUCCAUAGGAGGGGUGGACGCCAGCUGCAGUCCCAACAGCAGCCCGGCCUCAAGUCCCCGCCACAGACACAUGCCCCCUUCCUACAGGGUCAUGGUCUCUGGCCUGUGAGUCCUACCACAGCUCUACGCUCUGAGGAACAGAUCUCCGUUUGAAAUCCAACAGACUGAGCUGCAUCAGCAAUGAACGGAAGUGUGUGAGUGACCUGGGGGGUCCUCCUCGUACAUACAUCCACGACCCUCCUCCCAUCUACGUCUACGUCAGAACAAAACUGAUUCUUCAGGCUCUGAGGGGGAUUUGGGGGGAGGGUUGGUUUGGGGCGGGGCAGGCAUCAAGUCAUCCGGUCAU